UUUCCAAAAACAAUAGAAGAAUUUGGCUUCAAAUUUAAUGAAAAAGGAGAAUUAAGAAAUAUUGAAACAGAUGAAAGAUUUAAUUUUUUUGAAAGAAAGACAUCUCACCGCUACAACCAAAAACGAUAUGAAGCCCUUGGCGAGCUAAUAACUGAAUAUGUGUAUGACCUAUUAGAGAAAGAAACCAAUUUAAAGAGAUAUUACAUUCCUGUUAAUGCUGAAGAUGAUGAACCCAAAAGUUUUAUUUAUAUGAGUGAUGAUGCUUUAACUAAUGAAGAUAAAUUAUUAUUAAUAAUACAUGGUGCUGGUGUAGUGAGAGCUGGACAGUGGGCACGCAAAUUAAUAAUAAAUAACGACCUGGAGAAAGGGACACAACUCCAGUAUAUUAAAGCUGGUAUAAAACAAGGUUAUGGUAUAAUAGUAUUCAAUACUAAUUUAAAUAAAGUAACAUUAAAUGGUGAAGAUAUUCCUAUAAGGGUAAGCCCCCUUAAUAUGAUAUUAUAUGAUAGUGUCCCCAAUUCAGUCUUAAAAGCAAAUUUCCUCACCAUAUUGCAGGAAAAUAAAACUAGUUUGUUAUCAUUUUUUCAGGAUAAUGAAACGCCUGAAGAUCAUGGUAUUUAUGUAUGGAAAAAUUUUGUAAGGAAUGCUAAAGCUAAGAAUGUAGGAAUAGUUGCUCAUAGUUACGGUGGUAUUGUUACUGUUGAAAUGGUAGUUGCUAAAGAGUUCCCAAAUGAGUUUAAUAGUAGAGUGUUUGGUAUCGGAUUUACUGAUUCUGUUCAUAGUUUAACACAUCAACUAGAAGAUGAUAAAUCAUUACUUGACUUCUUUAAACAGAGAGCAGUGAAUUAUGUAUCAUGUAAUGACAAAUUGGGUGAACCUGUGGAUUCUUUUGAAGUAGAAGACUGUUCUCGAAUAUCAGCAGGAACUGAUCAACAUGAAUUAACCUCCUGGUCAUGUUUUGAUUUAUUGAUGAAAUUCCUGGCAGAGAAAUAUUCACUUUAUGGAACGAAUGCCAAACCAACU